AUGAAGGGAGAUAGUAGACACCUCAGUGACGAAGAGAGUGUCAGUGAGUGUGAGGACUGUAUCAUCCUCAGUGGGACCUGCAGUGACCAGUUCUCAGACACCAAGAGUGCCCCCUUGGCCCAAGUCUUGGAGACAGUCUGCACAGGGGAGAGCACAGGCCACAGAGCAAGCUCACGACCAUCCAACAGGAGCAUCUCCAGCCUGAUUCCUUACACUCAGUCCCAGAGUCGGCAAGCACCCACUUCAGCAAGCAGGGCAUGGUUGUCCCCUGCCAGCCCUUACCCCACCAUUGACCUCACUGAUGAAGACGUGAUACCCCAGAGUGGCAGUACCCCGUCAGUUGACUUGAGCCAGGAUGGCCAUCAGGAAGGCAUGGACACCACACAGCUGGAUGUGGAAAGCAGACAGGGCGACAGCUCUGAGUAUCAGAAAGCCAGGGUGCGAGCUGGCAGGACCUUCCCCAGAAGCCAUGGAGACUCGCUGGAGGACCAGCUGAAGCCUAUGCUGGAGUGGGCCCACGGGGGCUUUGAGCCCACUGAGAUUGACGGCGUCAAACCCAACCACAGGCAACCAGGUGGCAGCGAAGCCGGGAAACACGAGGCCAAAAGUCGAAGACGCACAACCAAUGACUCUGCCACUUCUGAGUACUGUCCCCCACCCAAGCGCCUCAAGACAAAUAGCUUUGGCGGGAAAGACCGAGGGGAGGAUGAGGAGAGCCGAGAACGGAUGGCUUCUGAUGUCAUCACCAACAAGGGUAAUCUGGAAGAUCGCUGUUUGUCUUGCGGUAGGAGGAACCCUGUGUCCUUCCAUCCGCUCUUUGAGGGUGGGCUCUGUCAGAGUUGCAGGGAUCGCUUCUUGGAGCUCUUCUACAUGUAUGAUGAGGACGGCUAUCAGUCCUACUGCACCGUGUGCUGCGAGGGCCGGGAACUGCUUUUGUGCAGCAACACGAGCUGCUGCAGGUGCUUCUGUGUGGAGUGUCUGGAGGUGCUGGUGGGGGCAGGCACAGCUGAGGAUGCCAAGCUUCAGGAGCCCUGGAGCUGCUAUAUGUGCCUCCCACAGCGCUGCCAUGGCGUCCUCCGGCGCAGGAAGGACUGGAACACACGCCUCCAAGACUUCUUCACGACCGAUCCUGACCUCGAAGAGUUUGAGCCGCCCAAGUUGUACCCAGCAAUUCCUGCAGCUAGAAGGAGGCCCAUUAGAGUCCUGUCUCUGUUUGAUGGCAUCGCGACAGGCUACUUGGUGCUCAAAGACUUGGGUAUUAAAGUGGAAAAGUACAUUGCUUCUGAAGUCUGUGCCGAGUCCAUCGCUGUGGGAACCAUUAAGCAUGAAGGCCAAAUCAGUUACGUGGAUGACGUCAGGAACAUCACAAAGGAAAAUAUUGAUGAGUGGGGCCCAUUCGACCUGGUGAUUGGUGGAAGCCCGUGCAACGAUCUCUCCUGUGUGAAUCCUAUGAGGAAAGGCUUGUUUGAGGGCACUGGCCGGCUCUUCUUUGAGUUUUACCGAUUGCUAAAUUGCUCACGCCCUGAGGAAUGUGGUGACCGUCCAUUCUUCUGGAUGUUUGAGAAUGUGGUAGCCAUGGAGGUUGGUGACAAGAGGGAUAUCUCACGAUUCCUGGAGUGUAACCCAGUGAUGAUUGAUGCCAUCAAGGUUUCUGCUGCUCGCAGGGCCCGAUACUUCUGGGGUAACCUACCUGGGAUGAACAGGCCCGUGAUAGCUACAAAGAACGAUAAACUAGAGCUGCAGGACUGCUUGGAGUUCAGCAGGACAGCAAAGUUAAAGAAAGUGCAGACAAUAACCACUAAGUCGAACUCCAUCAGACAGGGGAAGAACCAGCUUUUCCCUGUAGUCAUGAAUGGCAAGGAUGACAUUUUGUGGUGCACUGAGCUCGAAAGGAUCUUCGGCUUUCCUGCACACUACACAGACGUGUCCAACAUGGGCCGUGGCGCCCGCCAGAAGCUGCUGGGAAGGUCCUGGAGUGUGCCAGUCAUCAGACACCUCUUCGCCCCCUUGAAGGACUACUUUGCAUGUGAAUAGUUCUACCCAGGACUGGGGAGCUCUGGGGUCUUGGGGUU